AUGGACUUCGAGGCUCCACCACCAUUCGUUGGAGCGUUGGAGGAGCCUCCUGAUUCGGAGUGUGAUGCUCGGUUAACUGUUGAUGACGAAGAUGACAGUUUACGGGAGCUCGAGAUCCCUCAGGAUCUGCCUUGCACUUCCAGUACAGCGUCCUCUCCCGUCUCCAGCCCUGUCAAACAAAAACCUCCGGAUUUGAGGAUAGCAGAAAGUUUUCCUGUGGCUGCGCAGAGUCCUGAUCAUUGCGAAAAUGGACUAGCUGAUGGUGAAGACGACAUGGCAACUCCUUCAGAGUCCAUUGGCGAUAAGGAGGAAGAUACGUCAGCAUGUGUUGAUAUCCUCGAUCAAGACGAUUUCGACGACGAUUUUGGUGACUUUGCUGGAAACGAUGUUGACGUCCCUCCACCAGAAGGAGAAGGAUUGUCGUCCGAGUUGCCACCAAAAGAAAGCAGCGCUGAGGGAUGCAGUGCGCCGGAUCGAUAUAGUCCUGUUCGGCAGCCUAUUUCACGGACACAGUCGCAGGAUGCUGAACCUGAUGAGUGGAAUGCUUUUGGCGCUGUGAAGGAAUGUGAAAAUGAGGGCUGGUCGGCAGAUUUUGGUGCUUUUGGAGAAGCUUCCCCCAAAGAGGAAGUUAUAAAUAAAGCUCCUGUGGUAGAGGAUGCUAUGUUGCCUGAGACUGCGUCAUCUCCCCAUCUGGACGAGUUGUGUGAUUCUAUGGAUCUGUGGAAUGUUGACAGUGAAAUAGGCUGUGAUGAGGCUUACAAUAUCAGUGAGAUGCUCGAUUUGGAUGCAUCAAGCAAGGAAAGAUAUCGAGGCAUCUUUUCACAGAAUGCCGUUGGACGUGGUUCAUUGCCUCCGCUUUCGACAUCUACUGUAUUGGAGCCAACACCGUUUACUGCUAAUGGAACAACGCGCCGAUCGGUCAUAAUUUCGCGUGAAGAGGGAGCUUAUGGUGCAAAAAUUGUGGCUUCUGAUGUUUCGACGAAUCCUGUUCACAACACGAACAACUCAGCGGUCACUGCCGAGUCGCCAUCUAUUCCGCAAGCGGAUUUUGAUUGGGAUGCAUCUGAUUUAACUAAUCCAACGAAGGCUGCCAAUCGAUCUUCUGCUCUUCUUGAUGUCGACUUUCUUUCGGCAAAUAGUGGAGGCGGUAGUUCAUCGACUAUUUCUACGCUUCAGAAAGAGUUAGAUCAGCUUGGGCUCUCAUCCAGUGAAACGCCCACACUUCGGAAACCGGCUAGUCAGCCGUAA